CAACAUCUCUCUCUCUCAUAGUUCUUUCCACUCUUCCAUUUCCUAGCUCCACCACAUUCACAGUACAGCCUCGUUCUUUCUCUCUCUCUAAUGGCGAAUCUAGCACGUUUUACCAACAAAGCCCUAAGAACCGCAUACUCCAUAACUAAGCAUCACGCACAACCGCAACUAGCUUCAUCCGAACGCGCUUUUGCAACAGAAGCUGCGAAAUCAAUUACUCCGUCACCGGAUCGGGUGAAUUGGGAUUAUAGAGGACAGAGGAAGAUAAUUCCAUUGGGUCAGUGGCUUCCGAAGAUAGCUGUCGAUGCUUACGUGGCACCUAAUGUGGUUCUCGCUGGUCAAGUUCAUGUUUGGGAUGGUGCUUCUGUCUGGCCUGGUUGUGUUCUUCGUGGUGAUCUGAAUAAGAUUAGUAUUGGUUUCUGUUCUAAUGUUCAGGAACGCUGUGUUCUUCAUGCUGCUUGGUCUUCUCCUACAGGCCUUCCAGCUGAGACUUCAAUAGAGAGGUAUGUGACUAUUGGGGCAUAUAGCCUGUUAAGAUCCUGCACUAUCGAGCCAGAGGUCAUUAUUGGGCAGCACUCCAUCCUCAUGGAAGGUUCAAUAGUGGAGACACACUCAAUUCUUGAAGCUGGGUCAGUAGUUCCACCAGGAAGGAUAAUUCCAUCCGGUGAACUUUGGGCAGGUAAUCCAGCCAAGUUUGUGAGGACUUUGACCCAUGAAGAAACCUUAGAAAUCCCCAAACUCGCAGUUGCAAUAAAUGAUUUAAGCAAAGAUCAUUACCAUGAGUUCCUUCCGUAUUCCACAAUAUAUUUGGAGGUUGAGAAAUUUAAGAAGUCCUUGGGUAUUUCUGUUUGAUGCUCUUUGUUGUUAACUUGUUAUUCUUUAAUGUAUGUGUUAGCUUGACUUUUGCUUGUAAGGAAAUAAGAAUCUAAACACAGAGCAAGUUUGUGUUUCCUUUGUGCUGCUUCUGAAAGUAUUGAUUGAAGACAUCAUGUCAUGUAUAAUUGACUGCAAAGAAUAUGUUAAGAGGUGAGAUGCAUCAUCAGUACUUUCCUUUUUGUGCGUCA